CCCGUGACAAUGGCGGAUCUUCAGCGCGCCGUUUCUGCUGCGGUGCGCGAGGAGCGGAACGGGCAGGCGAGAGAGAGCAACUCGCCGCGUGUUGCUCCGCCCCCCGUGCAUCCUCCUCCUGUUGCGCUCCCUGUGCCUGCCGCUCCGCCUCCGCCGGCAGCUGCUCCGCCUCCCCCUGCUCCCUCUGCAUUUGCUGUUGCUCCGGCGAGUCAUGUGGAGCCCCUACGGGUUCCUGCUGCUGGUGACGCGCUAUCAUUCCAGGCGUGGGCGGGACCUCCUCGCAUGGCUGAGGUCCCCGAGGCGUCGCUUGGGCAGCUGUGGCGCCUCGCGGAGGGCUUGCGGGCCGCGCACCUGAUCCAGGCGUACGGUCAUGCAGCUCUUGCUUGUGGAGGCUCGCUAGAUGGCCGCCAACGGGACGAGUGUCUUGAUGCUGCUGACCGGCUCGCGGAGCUGCUGGCGCCUGUGCUGGCUGCGCCCGCGAUGGGCGUAAUUGCGGGUGUUGGGCAGCUUGGUACAGCUGUCCGUGGGCUACGGCGGAAUUUGCGCGCAGGCUCUGGAGCCGAUGUGAUCGGCGCAAGCACGGCGGCGGUGCGGGAGCUGCACCGCUCUCUGACUGGGCUCCUGGCGGUUCUUGACGCGGAUCAGUUCUAG